AUGGCUUCCUACUCCUCUCUUCUUGUUCUUUCCGUUUGCACUAUUGGUGCUCUCGCAGUCAUGGAGCACAACUCCUACUACCCAGGAGGCCACUCCACCAGCUACUAUCAACCAUAUCAAACUCAUACCUAUGGAUCCAAGUACUACAACACUGAGUCAUAUGGAAAGUACGAUGAGCAUGGAAACAAUGGAAAAGAUUCCCACUAUGAGCCAUCUUAUUACAAUCCAAUCGCCUCUUACUACCACUCGUACAUGCCAAAAUACCAAGGAGGACACAAUGAUUACUACACGAAAUACAACCAAUACACCCCAUAUUACGGAGGAAAUAACCAUCAACAGAACUACUACGAGCAGCCAAAACAUGACGACUACCACGGCGGAGAUCAUCAUUUCAACAUGCACAAGUAG